AUGGAAGCAGCAGGAGCAGGCUUCCAAAGCGGCGGCAGUCUCGAAUCCCGCUUCUUCAUCGACGAUGGCUGCUGGCGCGACGCCCCCAUCCUAACCGGCCAAACCUCCUUCGAACCACUCCCCGACGUCCACAACAUCCUCGUAACCGGCGGCGAAGGCUUCAUCGCCUCCUACCUCAUCCGCCACCUCGUAACAAAAUACCCUUCAUCAUACAACAUAAUCUCCUUCGACAAACUCGACUACUGCAGUUCCCUCAACAACUCCCGCCUCCUCGAUUCCUUCCCCAACUUCCGCUUCUACCACGGCGACAUAAUGUCCCAAAGCGACGUCCUCAAAUGUCUCCAGACCUACAAAAUCGAUACGAUUUUCCAUUUGGCCGCACAGUCUCAUGUAGACUUAUCUUUUGGGAAUUCGUUUACUUUCACGCAUAACAAUGUCAUGGGGACGCAUGUUUUGUUGGAGAGUGCCAAAGUUACGGAAAGUGUGAGGAGGUUUUAUCAUAUUAGUACUGAUGAGGUCUACGGCGAAGUCCCCAAAGGCGAAGCAGAAUUGCACGAAGAAAGCCCUCUUCAUCCAACGAACCCUUACUCAGCAAGUAAAGCCUGUGCCGAGAUGAUGGUGCGAGCUUAUGUGAAGAGCUUCGCGUUGCCGGUCGUCAUGAUAAGGCUGAACAAUGUUUACGGUCCACAUCAACCUCUCCCACAGAAAUCAUCCCCAAAUUCAUCAAUCUCCUCCAACGAAACAAACCCCUCUUCAUCCACGGCAAAGGAGACAAUUCGCGACGGUACCUCUACGCAGGAGACGCAGCCGAUGCCUUCGACACAAUCCUGCACAAAGGAACAAUGGGUGAGAUCUACAACGUCGAUUCCAAAGACGAAAUCGAAAACCUCGAACUCGCAAAGAAAUUGUGCAAAGCUUUCGGAAUAGAAGAUUUCGAGAAACAUAUCCAAUACACUCGAGAUCGACCGUUCAAUGAUUGUCGGUAUGCAGUGAAUGGGGAUAAAUUGGCGAAAUUGGGUUGGAAGCAGAGAGUUUCGUUUGAAGAAGGGCUUGCGCAAUGUGUGGAGUGGUAUCAGAAGUUUCCGACGUGGUGGGGGGAUAUUGAUAGAAUUUUGACGCCGUUUCCUGAAUUGAGGAGUACGACUGCGGACGGUCCUGCUGCUGAUGGAGUGUGUGAAGUUGGCACAGGGUCUGCGGGUGCGGUUCGGCAGGCUGGGGCUGGCGCUCAACUCUACGAUCCUGCCAGUGCGGGAAAGAAGCUAAAGGAGUGGAAUGGGGUUGUUAACAAGGUCUCGGCCUGCAGUAAUGGUAUGGGUGUCAAUGGAGGGGCAGUGUUGAAGAAGCGCAAGGCCGAUGUCUUGGAUGAUGCUGAGUGA